GCUCCUUAAUACAUGUACUGUCAUUGGUACAGUUGUCUGGUCAUAAGGCCUUUGUAGGUGUAUGUACUCAGCUUGAGACCGUGUUUGUAUUUUAUUUUAUUUUUUAUAUAUACGGUUUUUGUACUAUCUGGACCUUGAGUCUUAAAUAAAUAAGCAAUAAAGAGUUGAUAAUAAACCCUCAUGAGGAUAAACCCUCCUUUCACUGCGGUGCAGCGCGUCAGCAGCGCUCUCGUUCUUGGAUAAAUAUGCUUCGCUUCUGGCAGCAGACGAACCCGGAGGAGCGAGCGGGGCGAAGCCACAACGCACGGCUCCCAUCACCGUGUCACAGGUGACCCUUUUAUAAGCAGGAUGGUGCCUUCAAGUGCUGGUGGAGAACUGUAGACGAGAUUGAGGGACAACGGGGACCAGUCUGGCUUCUCUUUGAAGGAUAGAAGUCACUGGAGGCCGAUCCUAAGAGGAUGCUAUAGGUUUAUUACCAAAGAUCUUUACUCUGGACGUGAAGGUGCCCUGAGGUGGAGCCAUGGGCUGUGGGGGCAGCAGGACCGAUGCUCUGGAGCCACGGUACCUGGAGAGCUGGACCAAAGAGACAGAGUCGACGUGGCUGACCAGCACGGACACCGAUAUCCCCCUGUCGUCCAUCCACAGCAUCCCCUCGGAAAACUCUGAGGCCGAGAAAACAAUCAGCCCCGUCCCAGAUUUCUUCGAGGACAGCUUCCCUCUCCCGGCUCAGGCGUACCUGAAGGUCUGUUCGGCCGUGUCCGAGGCCAACCUGAACGACGUGAAGCCCGCCGCCCCCCCUGCCAUUCCGGGCACUUCUCCGCCCAAAGAGGCGGCGUCGCCGUCGUCCGGCACCACGGUGCAGCGCAGGAGUGUUCUACACACUGAAGAGAUUACAAAGUGGCAGGACAAUCGGAUGUCGACCAAGCAAGUGACAAUCACAGUGACUCAGAGCAUCCAUCGGGUGGACAGGAACGGGAAGGUGAAGAAGUCCCUCACCACCUACGAGGUCAUGAAGCCCUCGGAGAGCCUCAAACAGGCGGCCGCGCAGAACGCUCGAGUUCAGCGAAACUAACGGAACAUUACUGUGAAACGAGGGAACCGGUGAAAGCACAAGGAGCUGUACAAAGGUCACCGGAGUGGAAAUAUAGCUCGUUCUCUGAAAACAAAAGGGACAUCGAGGCCGCGUGGGUCUUUCAUUCCGUGAGACAAACGUCAGUGGUGCCCGGUACAGAGAAAAUAACUACGAUGACAUUUUAAAGUAUCAGUCAAAAAAUGAAUAAAUAUAUUCAGUUAAUCACUGAAGACAGGGAGUCACUUCUUGGCACAAUUUCUCAUAUGAGCUUGAAGCUAAAAUGCCUUUUUUGUUGCUAAUUUAUGAAGCUUUUGAGAACAAAUAUGAAAGUUAAGCUAAUGAUACAGCUACAUACAGUAUAUAGUUUGGUUAUUUGACAUUGAUAAAUAUCAUGUAGUUGCUACUCUGCUACAACCUCACACGCUCCGGAAUUGCACUAUUGACAGUGAGGCCUGGAAAGGAGCUUUUGACGACAAUGUAAAUCAUUCUUUCUUUAAAUCGUCUUUCUCUUGUCGUUUUGUACAAUACAGUAUUGCAUUUUCUUAUCUAGAUGUUUGUGUUUUCUAAUGACAAUAAAUCUAACCAAAACAUGAA